GUAACCCGGAGGCCACUCGUACUGCAAUUAGUUUAUGCUGGUGAGGAUGACAACCGAAUGCGUGGGGAAGAAGGUGAUGGCGUUGCAAAAGAGUGGGCAAAAUUUUUACACAAAAAGAACGAAAUAUUUACGGACUUUACAAAAGUUCGAGAAGAGAUCGACAGGGAAACGAACCGUUUAGCAGGCACGGGAAAAAUGGUCAGCAGCGAAGCCAUCCACCUGAGGAUUUACAGUCCGCGAGUGCUGAAUCUGACCCUCGUUGACCUGCCAGGCAUAACAAAGGUGCCUGUUGGCGAUCAGCCCGAGGACAUUGAGUCGCAGAUCAAUUCCCUCUGCCUUCAGUAUGUCAGCAACCCAAAUUGCAUUAUCCUCGCAGUCACCCCGGCCAAUAUCGAUAUGGCGACAAGUGAAUCCCUUAAGCUCGCCAAACAGGUGGAUCCCGAAGGUAUUUUUUUUACUUCCGCUUGUACCUAG